CAAUAAGAAGGCUUCCGGCAAACGCGCGCAACUUGAUUCAGGAAGUACGUGUUUAAGAUUUCAGCUCGUCUUCGUGUUUGAAAGAAAUAGUUCUCAAAUCCACAAACCUCCUGUAUGUUUGGAUACUAAGGACAAUAAUUAAUUGGAAAAUGUCCGGUAGUAGCGAGACAGCAAACAUAUCGUCGCUUGGGAAGGGUGACACUUUGCAUCAACAGGUCCUCGCCUCCUUUCCACUGUGUCACAUGACUGAAGAAGAUCUGAUCCAGAACCCGCAGUUUUGUAAACUCCUGGCCACUCUGGCACAGCAUGUGGAUCAAACCGGACUCACCGCUCCGCUGAAAACAGAGCUGGACAAGGCUGAAAAGAAGCUGCAGAUUCAGAAACUUCAAUGGCUGCGCUCCGAGAGCCUGCACAGAGGGCUGCAGGAGAUGAUCCAGAACCACUGUGUCAGGAAGCACCAUGCCACUGUACCCCCUGACCAGAACAUGUUCUAUGAGACGAUGGAGAGGUGUCUACUGGUGGCUCAGUGUGUCAGGCAGCUGGAUCCCAGUAACACAACAAACCAGGACCAGCCGUCGGUCCUGGGCCUGACCCCCCAGCUCGUGAUGGAGCUCAUGCCUUCCGAGAAGAAUGUACAAAGUCUGAAACAGGGUCUACCAAGACAGCUGGAGAAACAUCUCAAAGAAAAGUGUCUGAGCCUUCUCUCUUACUAUCAGCCUGAAUGGGAGCAUGAGAGCGAGGGUCUAAAGAUGGCCAAGCUGUCUCAUCUGUCAGCACAGCUGGACAAAGAGAAGAAAAGAGCAGAAAGUCUGAAGGAGACGUGCAGAGAAAACACAGUUCUUCUGCAGAGACAGACUGAGCUCUACCUCACUGAGCUGACAAAGUGCAUUCAGCUUCUCCAGUCUUUCAUCUUGAACCACAGGCUGAAGAUCCAGACAGAUCUGGAAAGGAAGAAAUUGGAUUACUUUGAAGGCAAAUGUGAAUUAAUCUUGCAGAAGAUAAAGGCGGAGAUGGUGGAAAUCCAGCUGGAUACAUACACGCCUGACUCGAUUUCUGCUCACAGAAAAAUAAGCAGCAGCGGUGGCAGCACCACCAGCAGCAACGGCCCCGCCUCGCGACGUGAACCGCUGGCUGGUUCACCUCCAGCACCGUCUCACAUCUGGCUGUCAGGAAACAGCGCUGCCCGCCGCUCCGCCCGGUACCGCGGCAUGCUCAUAUCCGAAGAAGAAGAGGAAGAGGAUUUUUAUUUAUCUAAAAGCUGA